CCCUGAGACCAAAUUGACAGUAACAAUGACCAUGGGCAAGAUCAUCUUCUACGAGGACAAGAACUUCCAGGGUCGUUCCUAUGAGGCCAGCAACGACUGCCCUGACAUGUCCUCCUACCUGAGUCGCUGCCACUCCUGCAGGGUGGAGAGUGGUUCCUUCAUGGUCUAUGACCGCCCCAACUACAUGGGAAACCAGUACUUUGUAAGGAGGGGAGAGUACUCUGACUAUCAGCGUAUGGGCAUGAGCGAUUGCAUCAGGUCCAGCCGUAUGAUUCCCAUGCAUAGAGGAAACUACAGGAUGAGGAUCUACGAGAGGGAGAACUUUGGAGGCCAGAUGCACGAGCUGAUGGACGACUGUGACAACAUGAUGGAUCGUUACCGCAUGUCUGACUGCCAGUCCUGCAACGUCAUGGAUGGCCACUGGUUGAUGUAUGAGCAGCCCCACUACAGAGGCAGGCAGAUGUACAUGAGGCCUGGAGAGUACAAGAGCUUCAGAGAGAUGGGCAUGAACAACAUGAAGUUCCAGAGCAUGAGGCGUAUCAUGGAUUCCUCUUAUUAGAGCUCCAAUGUCUGAACAUGAGAGUUGUAAUAAAUAAAUAAUCACAUAUCA